UUAGCAGUUUAUAUGUACUAAGAUAAUUGCAUUUCCAUGUCCUGUGUACUGUGGGAGAUCAGAUAUAAUGAAUGCAGGAUCCUGGGAGACCAGAUAUAGUGAAUGCAGGGUCCGGGGAGAGCGGAUGAUAGUGAAUGCAGGGUCCGGGGAGAGCGGAUAUAGUGAAUGCAGGGUCCGGGGAGAGCGGAUAUAGUGAAUGCAGGGUCCGGGGAGAGCGGAUAUAGUGAAUGCAGGGGUCCGGGGAGAGCAGUUAUAGUGAAUGCAGGGUCCGGGGAGAGCAGAUAUAGUGAAUGCAGGGUCGGGGAGGGGAGAGCAGAUAUAUAUGCAGUGAAUGCAGGGUCCGGGGAGAGCAGAUAUAGUGGAUGCAGGGUUCCGGGGAGAGCAGAUAUAGUGAAUGCAGGGUCCGGGGAGAGCAGAUAUAGUGAAUGCAGGGUCCUG